AUGCCACGACGUUCAUUCACUCUCACUUCAUCACUUAAUCAGUAUCCGAGUGAUACAGAAUCAAUGCACCAACCGCAGUGGAGGAUACGUUCAUCGGUCGAGCGGUCAUCCAGUGCUGUAGACAUAGACGGAUUCGUUAGUAUGAGACGUCGAAAAUCCGAUGAUAAAGCUUUCAAUGCGGAUCCUAAAUCGAUACUUGUUCCACCCAUACCUUAUCCAAGAAAUUGCUCAUUGUUCUCAGAACGAUUAAGACGUGAUCGAAAUUCACCAUCUCAUUCGUCAUUAAAUUUUCCAAUAACCGGAAAAUAUAUAACUUCGAAGAAUUCGAGCGACGUGAAAACAACCACAACAACAUGUAUGCAAAAUAUUUCAAAUGGGUUUAUCGAAAAUGACAGUGUGCAAUUAGCGAAUGGGGAUGUACUGGCGGUAGGUUCAAAAGAUCCUAAUAACGAUGUUAGUGCCAAAAGAGUAUGCUUUCAAUGUUGCAAUCUGCAAAAACAGCUGUCUGAUUUAUCAUGCAGAUUGAAACAAGCAACGGAUGAAAUGAAUAGUAAAUCAGUUGGAGAGCUAAUGAGGAAGACAAAAGAGAUAGUUGUUAUUGAUAAAAGUGUUGGAGGCUCAUGUGAAAUACUUAAUGAUACAAUUACCAAAUGGAUAAAGGUGGAAAAGAAAGACACUGCCAGUGAUGCGUUGCUGAUCGAAGUUGAUGAUAAGAGGACAAGUAUAUCGUUGGCAGAUCAAGUCGAAAUGCGGUGGUAUAAAGAUAUCGCCAGUUCACCUGUUCCAGAACCACAGCUCCAUUCGAUUGGAGUUACAACAGAAUGUCAUUUUGAAUGUAAUACUGGAGCGAUGGUCGUUAAAGGUGAAUUGCGAUACUUCCAAAUAUACAAAUUUAGUGAUACGACUGUUAAAAUUCAAAACUAUUCAAGGUUUCAAAAUCAACUAUUAUUUUAUGCAUUUGUUUUGUUCAGUAGUGAUUCAUGA